AUGGAAAAUCUCGAACACCAAAAUUGGGUUUAUUAUGCGUUUUGGAACUUGGGCCUUGAUGACGAUGACUUGGAAAUAAUUCACAAGCAAAAAAAUACAGGUCGUGCCUUCCUUAAGACGAGUAAUGAAAUGUUAGGUGGGUCUGCGACUGUUUUUGUGAAUUUUGCUAAGGAGUGUAAGGAGAAAAGUUCUCCUCGUACAAAAAACAGAAAGACUUGA